AUGAUUAAAUGGGCAGAGUUACCAAACGAGAUAAUCAGCACUGUAUGUGACUACCUUAGUUUCUCAGAACGCCGUACUUUAUCCAUGGUUAAUCGACGAUGUCGACAAAUCGUAAAGGCUCGUCGAGAGAAAUUUGCUGGAGUGAUUGUACGAGGAAUGCCAUCUGUAAAUUACUAUUUCAUCGAUAUAGCAUUUGAUGAUGGUUCACGAUUACGAAAAGAGUUUAGCAGUUCAUACUGUGGUACUACCGAUGUAAAGACAGUAAAAACAGACUAUUCAAACCCAUUUGGAUGCUGCCAUAAUGGAAGAAUCAGGAAAGUGACGCCUUAUCAAUUGAUGACGGCUUACUUUAAAAGUAUCCUUGAACGGAGUACUGUGGAUACCAUCUACAUUGGACUGGUAGAUGUCGCCCCAUUGCUCAAGCUUGUCGAUUGUCGAGUGACUAGUGUGGUUUUGUCAGACGAGUGCGAAAGGGAACGUACAGUACGCUUAGCUCAACCAUCAAAGACAUUAAUGACGAAGGUGUUGCUGAGAGCUCUAUUCUUUCCAGGAGAUGCUUGGCAUGUCUACGACUAUUGCUUUGGGCUUUUAGGACAAGAGUUGAGAAAGACUAAAGAGUUUAGCACGCGACAAAUUAGAGCACUAAGUGCUGCCAAUAGUUAA